AUGGGGGAAUGGACCAUACUAGAGAGGCUCCUGGAGGCUGCUGUCCAGCAGCACUCUACUAUGAUAGGAAGGUAAGAGCAAAAUGUCAACUGGAUUUCCAAUAACUACAGAUAUGCAUGUUUUAAUGGCUGUUGUUGGGGCUAGAUAGGUGGGAAGCAGAGACCGGGCGCUAUUGCCUGUUAUGCUUACUUUACCAAACAAACGCUUGUAAAACAUUUCAAAACACAAAUACAGAUGAAUGUCAAUGAGUAAAUACUUCAGAGUACACAGAAAUAUAUAACAAUGGCGCACUGACACACAUGAUAAAGGCAUAAUACACAUAGCAUCCGAACCAACCCCGGUGCUGAGAGCUAGCAGAACGUGAUCCCAGCAAAGAGCGUUCGUUUCAGCACUGGACAGCUCCUAAACACGCGCCUGCUUAGAGACACUGUACUGAAUCUCCAGCCAUUUGCACUAAGUUAACAUAAUUUACUGACUCUAUACUCAUACAUUGUUUGUUUGUUUGUUUGUUUUUAGAAUCCUACUAACUGUGGUGGUGAUCUUCCGGAUUCUAAUCGUAGCAAUAGUUGGAGAGACAGUCUAUGAUGACGAGCAAACCAUGUUUGUUUGUAAUACCUUACAACCGGGCUGCAACCAGGCUUGCUACGACAAGGCAUUCCCAAUUUCACACAUUCGAUUUUGGGUUUUCCAGAUCAUAAUGGUUUGCACCCCGAGUCUUUGUUUUAUCACAUACUCGGUGCAUCAGUCGGCGAAACAGAAGGAGCGACGGUACUCCACGGUCUUUCUGUCCCUGGAUAAGGAUCAAGAUUCAAUGAAACGAGACGACAGCAAAAAGAUUAAAAACACCAUUGUGAAUGGAGUACUUCAGAACACAGAGAACUCCACCAAAGAAGCCGAGCCCGACUGUUUGGAAGGUCAAAGAUAUCCCCAAUUCAGCCAUGAGAACUACUGGAAAGUCUAAAAAGAGUCGGCAAGAGGGUAUCUCGAGAUUUUACAUAAUUCAAGUGGUUUUCAGAAACGCGCUGGAAAUAGGGUUUUUAGUGGGUCAAUAUUUCUUGUACGGAUUCAAUGUCCCAUCGGUGUACGAGUGUGAUCGAUACCCCUGCAUAAAAGAUGUAGAGUGCUAUGUUUCCAGACCAACAGAGAAGACCGUGUUUCUAGUCUUCAUGUUCGCGGUCAGUGGCUUUUGUGUAUUGCUGAAUCUGGCAGAACUCAAUCAUUUGGGGUGGAAGAAAAUCAAAACGGCCGUGCGAGGAGUGCAGGCGAGGCGGAAGUCCAUUUAUGAAAUCAGAAAUAAGGACUUGCCUAGAAUGAGUGUGCCUAAUUUCGGUCGCACUCAAUCCAGUGACUCUGCUUAUGUGUAG